AUGCUACCUGGAACUGGGGCUACAUCGAGAAAUUUGUUCACUGGAAUGUGGAUCGUGAGGUGGGCGAGUAGAUGUUAUUCAGGAAUCCAGAAGCGGAGUGUGAGCCUGCGUUAUGGCGCAGGUCAUGCUACCACCGACAUAGAACAGCCCAGCAACAUCACAACCAUCCAUUGUGACUAUGAUCAUCUUGUCAUUCCUACUCUGGCAGUCACAAGCGAUAUGAUCGCUCCAGCCGCGACAAAGAGACGCCUAUCGUCUCCUCAACAAAACCCUUUCCAAUGCUCCUAUUGCCAACGCUCGUUCGGGCGCGUGGACCACCUCACCCGCCAUAUCAGAUCUCGUCAGUGGCAGCAGUAUAACGUAUACCCAUCUCUCAAAGUACUCACACUCGUUAUAGAUGCGCAAGAUAAACCGUUCCGUUGUCACAUUUGCGACAAAGCCUUUGGGCGCCACACCGAGUCUGGUGCUAAGCGAUACAAGCGCAUGUCGAAUGCCGCGCCCAGAGUUUCCCAGGCUUGUAAAGCUUGUGCGGGAUCUAAGCUCAAAUGCGAUGAGGAUGCCUCCUGCAGACGCUGUGUGGCCAAAGGGAUCACCUGCGAGCGAGAUACUCGAUUUACAGAUACAGGAGACAAGACAUCACCAGUUACUAGCAUCCAAUCUACCAUAGAUCAAGAACUGUCGAUACCUGUCUUCGACCCUGGCCACCUGAGCUUAUCAGAGGAUGACUUCUCCAAGUUCCUAAAAGGUGUCAUGACCCCCGUAGAGGGACAGGAGAGCCGGCCAAUCGAUCAAGCCGACCUGACCAGCAUUCAUAACAUUUGCAAUCCGCUUCCGUCCCAUGGCCUCUUGGACUUCCGGGUCGAUGGUGAUCCGCGGUUCGACGAUGUUGCCAUGGACCUCUGGGACUUGCCCUGCAGUCCAUCCUUCUACUACAACGGAAUCCUGCUGGAACCAAAAACAUCCGUGUCCGUCAACCUUGGAAUUCAACCGCCGAACUCAGCCAACAAUGCUCGUCCAGCUGUGUUAGGCCAUGUGGCAUAUAAGGAAUCAGCACUCGGAAUGUGGGAACCUUCACAAAAUGACCACCUCAACUCUAACAUCAAGGCUCUGUCAGUUCUUGGCGACAGUCCCCAGGACGCCAUCCAACUAAACAGCUUGGAGGCAAGUAGCCAGCAGUUCAAACCACUCUCGGUUGGUCUGAGAGACCAAUUGCUGCUGUUAACAUUGAAUGCUUGUAAGCCGGAAAGCAAGCUCGCCAUCAUCAGAGCAUUCCCUCACUCCGAGAUUCUGUCCAAGCUCAUCGAGAGCUUCUUUUCUCACCAUCGUGUCCAAACCGACUCGUGGAUACAUGGCCCUUCGUUCGAACCAAACCAACAGGGUGCAGAGCUUAUUCUCACCAUUGUCAACAUGGGCACCAUGUUUGCCGAUUCUAAGAUCUUGCAUUCGCUUGGUUUUGCUCUCCAUGAGGUGGCUCGUUUGUCGCUACCUAUAAUGUUUGAAAGUGCAAAUUCCAUGACUAGAAUCCUCUGGGCUCUCCAAGCGUUUGUUCUGGAUAUUGAGAUGGGGCUGUGGAGUGGCAUUAAGAGGAAGAUGGAAAUUGCAGAAAGUCAGCGCCAGAUGCCCUUCACAAUGCUACGGCGUGGUAGAAGAUUUAGCAAAGCCUAUCCUGCCACUGAUCCUCCUUUGCCAGAAGACACAGGCGAAACCUUGCAGAAUAAGUGGCUUGCCUGGAUUGAGCAAGAAAAUUACAACAGACUCAUCUAUCACUGCUUUGUUAUAGAUACUCAAGUCAGUAUUGCUAUGUCAACAUGUCCCUUGAUAUCUUUCUCGGAGCUCAAGACGCCUUUGCCAGAGUCUAGCGAUCUAUGGCUUGCCAAAGAUGCAGAAGCAUGGAAAGCUAUAUACUUGAGUGAGCAGCGCCAACACACAAGGGUUACACUGUACGACUACUUCCGCAAUGCUGCAGAGAUUGACAGCAGCUAUGAUGUUUCGUUUUGUCAGCUUGUCAUCCUCUCGGGUAUCUGGGGGAUGGUUUGGCAAUGUCUACAAACCAUUGCCGUGCUGGACAAGCCGAGACACUCGGACCCAGCAUUGACUCUUCGGCAGCAAGAGAUCCUCCAGAUAUUGAAUCGAUUUCGCGUCAACAUGAUGGGAGAUGAGGCAAGCUGGCAGGAUGGUCCGGUAACCAUGAUGUACCAUCUCGUGUAUAUGCACUUACACAUACCUUUUGAGGAGGUUGAGCUGUUUGCGGGCAAGGGACACCAGACUGAUGCCCGGCACGCUCUGUCUCUACUCUUAGACUGGACCAACAGCCCAGAGUCACGGAAAGCAAUAUGGUACGCCGGCCAGAUUAUAAGAGCAGCAGAGAAGUUCAACCCUGGUCGUCUCCGGGGCUUUUACACUAUUGCGUUAUAUCAAGCGAACCUUGCCAUUUGGGCCUAUGCGGUGGUGUCACAGGUCAAGGGAACAAAUAAGGAUGGUUCCAUUCACAACAACGAGAUGGUUUGUUUGAACGGGCCGGAAUCUCCACUCGUUCAGAGGUUCAUCAGCCGAGGGGUGCCUUCGGUUGCAAUCAUCCAACCAUGUGCACCUCAGCACGGCAGUUCUCCCAUCCGGCUGAUGGACCGGGAGGCGGUUGUGAACUACGUUCUCAGCAUUUUGAGUGCCAAUUUCUCGCAUGUCGACGCGAUACCGCCUUUGGUCGAGAACCUUCAGCAGCUUCUGGACAAGCUGGGCCGAGCCGAAAUCGAUGUAUAGGUGAAGCCGAUGUGGG